AUGAUUUGCUUCUUUCUUUCUUUCUUUCUUUCUUUCUUUCUUUCUUUUUUCAAUUUUGCAUCUUUUCCAUUUUCUUUCUUUCUUUCUUUCCUUUUUUCUUUCUUUCUUUCUUUUUUUCUUUCUUUUUUAAGAUUUGAAUUUUCUAUUUUCUCUAUUUAUCUGUCUUUCUUUUUUCUUAAUGUUUUACAUCUUUUCUAUUAUCUGUUGUCUUUUUCUGUCUGUCUUGCUUUCUUUUUCAAUAUAUUACAUUUUUCUAUUUUCUUUCUUUCUUUCUUUCGUUCUUUCUUUCUUUCUUUCUUUCUUUCUUUCUUUCUUUCUUUCUUUCUUAAUGAUUUACAUCUUUUCUAUUUUUUUCUUCUAAUUCAUCUUCUCUGCCCCUCCUCCUCCACUGCCCCUCCUCCUCCACUCCCCCUCCUCCUCCCCUCCUCCUCCCCUCCCCCCCUCCUCCCUCCCUCCUCCUUCUCCUUCUUCUUCUUCUUCUUCUUCUUCUUCUUCUUCUACCUCCCUAUUUCUGCGGAUGUAGAUGCCCUCCGUGCAGUCGCAGAAAGUGCACUAGAGAAGCAUGGAAAAGAUCCCAAAGAGUGUCGGCGCGAGGACGCAGCCCUGCUUUACGCCGCUGCUCACAGGGAAGGCGUCGGAUGUUCCGCCGUUGUAGCAGACUAUGUAGCAGACUAUGCUGUGCAUGUCCUCGUUGAAGGACUUAACCAUCUGGAGCAGUCUUGGGGGGCAUCCUACCUUCCUCUUCAGGAGGCCGAAGAGUCAGCUUCUGCUGACCAAGUCGAAGGCCUUCGUCAGGUCAAUAAAGGCGAUAUACAUUGGUUUCUGCUGCUCACGGCACUUCUUCUGCAGCUGGCGCAGCGAGAAGAUCAUGUCCACUGUAGAUCGGCCCGCCCUGAAGCCACACAGCAACUUGAGGUACACACGUCAGAGAUCCGUUCCUACCCAGCGACGUAA